AAAGCUAGCUAGUUGUAUAGCCUCUCACAUGCAAUGGAAUUGCACCACCAAGAAAAGCACCUCCUAUUCGUUAGUUAGUUGGACUGCACUUCACUUCUUCACUUCACUCCCUAAUCAAAUUGCAUUCCACCCCCUCACACUUUUCACUUUUUCAACUGCAAAUCCCUCUUUGGAACACAUAGCAUUACUUGCUUUCCUUCAAGACCAUGCAUUUUCAGUUCUUAAACUUUACUACUUAGAACCUUCUUUCUUUUCUUCUUUUUCUUUUUCUUUCUUUUUCUUUUCUUUUCUUUAAAGAAAAUUAAAAUAGAAAAAUAAAUAAAAUGUUUUCAGUUGCACCUUUGACUCCGGCAAGUUCACCGGUAAUGGCUCCGCCGUCUCCGCCGCUGAUUGACAUUACUCCUCCCCCAUCGCCAUUGCUGCUCCAACCUACAGCAGCGCCACCACCAUUUCCUUCUCCUCCAUCACCGCCGUUAGUGCUUCCAAUGCCUACAGCACCACCACUUACCUCGCCGCCGAUCACUUCUCCGCCGGAGGUGGUGUCUCUGCCUACAAACUCCCCGCCUCCGGUUACUCAAGUCCCGCCGGCGAUUUCCUCGUCGCCGCCUCCGCCGGAAAUUCCAAUCGUCGCUGCUUCACCGUCGACUCCGAUUACAUCGAACGAGAAUCCAAUUCCAGCAACGCAGUCUCCUCCGAAUACGGCGUUGCCGGCGGCAGCAUCUCCUCCGGUUCCGGCGACGCCGCUUCCUUCGUCUCCGCCAUCUCUGAUUCCGCCGUCGGUUACUUUUCCGUCAAAUUCGUUACCACCAUUGCCGCUGCUUCACCGGAAAGUUUCGCCGGCGCUUCCAGUUCCGACAGCCACUUCACCACCACCACAGAGAUUUUGGCCUCUGGCGCCGGAAGCAGCAGCAACCUCUCCGCUGCUGCCACAGCCACCGGCGACCGUUUACCCUUUCACGGAACCUACAUUGCCAUCAACUCCAGAGGCAACGCCGGCGCAGCCACCGUCGAGUCGAAGCUUGCCGCUUGCGGUGGACGUUGAUAAACACUCAGGGUUCGAAGUGCCAAGUGGAUUCAUAAUUGAGGGAAUUGUAAUUGGUGGUAUCGUUAUUGGGUUUGUUGUAGCACUUAUGUUACUUUUGUUCAGGAAUAGAAAGAAAAAGCAGCAGCAGCAGCAGAAGAAUCUGCAUACACAUCAAUCUGAGGAAUCAUCACCUUGUGUUGGAGCUAAGAAGUCAGAAUCAGGUUCUCAUGUCAUCAAAGUGCUGCCAAAUCCAUCAAAGCUAACAGAGGGAGGUGGAGAUUUCGGCCCUGUGAAUGGCAUUUUCACAUAUGAUGAGCUAGUAGCAGCCACUAAGAGUUUCUCUGAAGCCAACCUUCUUGGGGAAGGUGGAUUUGGUUAUGUAUAUAAAGGAAUUCUUCCAAGUGGAAAGGAAAUUGCAGUUAAACAGUUGAAAUCAGGAAGCCAGCAAGGAGAGCGAGAAUUUCAGGCCGAGGUUGAGACCAUUAGCCGGGUGCAUCACAAGCAUCUUGUUGAGUUGGUUGGAUACUGCGUUACCAUGUCUGAAAGAAUGCUUGUUUAUGAAUUUGUUCCAAAUAACACAUUGGAAUUCCAUUUACAUGGGGAAGGGAAGCCCGUUGUACGGUGGGAGAAGAGAAUUAAGAUUGCCCUGGGAUCUGCAAAAGGGCUCGCAUAUCUACAUGAAGAUUGUAAUCCAGCAAUCAUUCACCGUGAUAUUAAAGCAUCUAACAUCCUUCUGGACUUCAAUUUUGAAGCAAAGGUUUCUGACUUCGGCCUAGCAAAGAUCUUCCCCAACAACGCUGAUGGUUGCAUCACUCACCUCACCACCCGAGUCGUGGGAACCUUUGGGUAUCUGGCUCCAGAAUAUGCAUCAAGUGGUAAACUAACAGAUAAAUCAGAUGUAUAUUCCUAUGGAGUGAUGCUUUUAGAACUCUUAACUGGACGUCCAGCAAUCAGUACAGAAGGAUCAAGAAACGUGAGCUUGGUUGAUUGGGCUAGGCCCUUGCUUGCGCAAGUGCUAGAAGAUGGUGAUAUCAGUGAUCUUGUUGAUCCAAGGUUGCAGAAUAAUUAUAAAGCUGAUGAGAUGACUAGAAUGAUUACCUGCGCAGCCGCCUGCGUGCGCCAUUCAGCCAGCCUUCGACCCCGUAUGAGCCAAAUUGCAGGUGCCUUAGAAGGAUUGGUUUCUCUGUCGGAUCUUGUAGGCGACAUUACGCCGGGGCAUACCAGAAUAUACAGUUGGCCAGAGAGUUCAACUUAUGAUGCCUGCCAAUACCAACAGGACUUGAGAGACUUCAAUUUGGGAUUAUCAUCUCAACAGUGCAGCUCAAGUGUGCAUAGUGAAAUGACUAGUGCUUAUGGUCUUUGCCUAUCUGACUCAAGUAGUGAAGGUUAACAACCAAGUCAAAAACUGUGAUAAUACUUCAGAGAUGGGGCAUUGACAGCAUUGUGUUGUGUUGUAAAAGAAGAAACAAACUCAUUUUAUGUUCAUUAUGUAAAGAAUGGUGUUUCCUAGAGUAGAAGACGAAUUCUUAAUGUUUCAAUUUUUUUUUUAUCAACUCUAUCACAAUAUUGCUUAGCUUA